ACGCCGUAGGAGCCAAAAACAUCACAUCAAGAAGAAGCUGGAUGCCAAUCGAUCAAACACGGAGAAUUCUAGAAACAAAAAAGUAUGAGAGCGAAAGAGAAGGACGAACACAGUAGUCCAAUCCAAUACAAUUCCAACGGCUAACGAUAUUAUCCACACGACACCAAUAUUUUUUCAUUAUCCAAACAAUCAAACAGUAUUCGUAUUAUUCAUACAAACCACGAUAUUUAAAAAACGAACAAAAAAAAGGAGAGUAAUUUGAUUCACCCAUAUGGUGGCAUGUUGCUUCUUGUGCCAAGUGGCCGACGCCGUCGUCGAGAUGAGCCGCUCCUCUCCGGUCACCCGAAUAUCAUCGUCAUCAGCAUCUAUAGCUUCCCAGUUUUGCCCCUCUAAGCCAUCCCAGUUCUUGGGUGGUAUUACCAAGCUCUACGGGUUCGGGUUCGAGUUACAGAGGAAGAAGAACUGGUUGAAGAGGCGGCUUAAGUUCGUUGUCAGUGCGGAGCUCUCGAAGGCUUUCUCCAUCAGCUUUGGGUUGGACUCUCAGACCUUCCACUCUCAUGACCUCUCACAGGUGCCUUGGUUUGGUCCAGUUCCUGGGGAUAUUGCAGAGGUUGAGGCUUAUUGUAGAAUCUUCAGAACUGCUGAGCGGCUUCAUGGUGCACUAAUGGACACAUUGUGCAAUCCGUUGACUGGCGAAUGUAGCGUGUCAUAUGAUUUCUCAUCUGAGGAAAAACCAGUAUUGGAAGAUAAAAUAGUCUCUGUGCUUGGUUGCAUGCUCUCCCUCCUUAACAAAGGGAGAGAGGAUGUCCUUUCUGGAAGACCUACGAAUGAAAAUUUCUUUCAGAUUGGAGAUGUAAGCUCAGUGGAAGAUAAGGUUCCUCCACUUGCCAUUUUCAGGAGUGAGAUGAAGAGGUGUUGUGAGAGCUUGCACAUUGCUCUUGAAAACUAUUUGACGCCCAAUGAUGAUCGAAGCCUGAAUGUAUGGAGGAAACUUCAGAGAAUGAAGAAUGUCUGCUAUGAUUCUGGCUUUCCUCGUGGGGAGGAUUACCCAUGCCAUACACUGCUUGCAAAUUGGAAUGCUGUUUAUUUUUCCACUUCUAAAGAAGAGAUAGGGUCCAAAGAUUCUGAGGUAGCUUUUUGGAGGGGUGGCCAAGUAACAGAAGAAGGUCUGAAGUGGCUGGUGAAGAAAGGAUAUAAAACUAUUGUAGAUCUUAGAGCAGAGACUGUAAAGGAUAACUUUUAUCUAGCAGCCAUAAAUGAUGCUGUUUUGUCUGAGAAAAUUGAACUGGUCAAAAUUCCUGUUGAAGUUGGCACUGCACCUUCAAUGGAGCAGGUUGAGAAGUUUGCAUCUCUAGUUUCAGAUGGCAGCAAAAAGCCCAUAUAUCUUCACAGUAAGGAAGGAGUAUGGAGAACUUCUGCCAUGGUCUCUAGAUGGAGGCAGUAUAUGACUCGCUGUUAUAUGACUCGCUGUGUCUCUAGUCAAUCAGUUGCUCCCAAUGACAGGUUCUUACGAGAUGCAAAUGAAAUGGGAAAAAUGAAGGAGUCUUCCAUUAUUGAAGAAAGCUCCCUCCUGGAAAAGGAGAAUGAGUCACUACAAGAGUCUUUGGGUACAUUUCAUAGUUUAAAUGGAGUAUCCCAUGAAAAGCUCUCUCCAUACAAGGGUAAAAAAAAUCAAAGCAGUAAUGGGGCCCACAACAACUUUGUUUCUGCCCAAGGUAUGACAUCAGUAGAAUUAGUUGAUAAUGGAGUAGGAUCUCUGGCAAACUUCAGCAUGGAAACUGACCCUCUGAAGGCCCAGGUUCCUUCAUGCGAUGUUUUCUCAAAAAAAGAAAUGUCUAGGUUUCUCAAGAGUAGAAAGAUCUCACCUUCUAUUUAUUUCAAUUAUCAAUUGAAAAGGUUGGAAAUAUUGCCAGUUUCUAGAGACAUGCAUACUAGGACAAUGCGUAAAGCUGAUGGAGUUGGUACUGAUGCUGUACCACUGCCUCUGGAGUCAGGAAGUUCCGGUGGGUUACUUAAUGGGAAAAAUCUAUCCCCAGAGAUCCAGAAAUCACCUGCUGAAUAUGGGAAGUAUUUGAAUAGUGAUAUUUUGGAUUCUGUUGGUCCAGUUGUGAAUGGACUGGGCCAAGGGGAAAGGUCUUCUGUGAUGACAGAAACGAAUGCAUCUACGAUUUUGACUAAUGAGUUCAAUGGGCAUAUGCAAUCCAAAUCUGUUCUGGAGGAUCAUAAGAGCAGUGGUGGAGCUGCCUUAGUUUCUGCUAAAGAUGACGUGGAGCCCAUUGACGGUAAUAUGUGUGCUUCUGCCACUGGUGUUGUAAGGGUGCAGUCAAGAAGGAAAGCAGAGAUGUUUUUAGUUCGGACUGAUGGAUUCUCUUGUACCAGAGAAAAGGUGACAGAAUCCUCCUUGGCCUUCACUCAUCCUAGUACACAGCAGCAGAUGCUUAUGUGGAAAUCGACACCAAAGACUGUAUUGUUGUUGAAGAAACUAGGGCAAGAGCUCAUGGAACAAGCUAAAGAGGUGGCCUCUUUCUUGUAUUACCAAGAGCAGAUGAACGUUCUUGUGGAACCUGAUGUGCAUGACAUAUUUGCUAGAAUCCCAGGGUUUGGAUUUGUUCAGACCUUUUAUAUUCAAGACACCAGUGAUCUGCAUGAGAGGGUUGAUUUAGUGGCAUGCUUGGGGGGAGAUGGGGUUAUACUCCAUGCAUCGAAUUUAUUUAGAGGUGCUGUGCCCCCUGUUGUGUCAUUUAAUCUUGGAUCUCUUGGAUUUCUGACUUCCCAUACUUUUGAAGGCUAUAAGCAAGACUUAAGACAGGUCAUCCAUGGAAACAACACUCUGGAUGGUGUCUAUAUAACUCUUAGAAUGCGUCUUCGAUGUGAGAUUUUUCGAAAUGGUAAAGCAGUGCCUGGGAAAGUAUUUGAUGUUUUAAAUGAGGUUGUUGUUGAUCGGGGUUCUAAUCCAUACCUUUCUAAAAUUGAAUGCUACGAACAUGACCGGCUCAUAACCAAGGUGCAAGGUGAUGGAGUCAUUGUAGCCACACCUACAGGAAGCACUGCUUACUCCACAGCUGCGGGAGGUUCCAUGGUGCAUCCAAAUGUUCCUUGCAUGCUGUUCACACCAAUCUGCCCACACUCCCUUUCAUUUAGACCAGUUAUACUUCCGGAUUCUGCAAGGCUGGAAUUGAAGAUUCCAGAGGAUGCUAGAAGCAAUGCAUGGGUUUCUUUUGAUGGGAAGAGAAGGCAGCAACUCUCAAGAGGAGAUUCUGUACGAAUAUAUAUGAGCCAACACCCACUUCCAACAGUCAACAAGUCUGACCAGACAGGUGAUUGGUUUCGCAGCUUGAUUCGCUGUCUAAAUUGGAAUGAGAGGCUAGAUCAAAAGGCCCUUUGAAGCCUUUGAAACUUCCAUCCAAGAUUGAGGUUCAUGAAAAUUACUGUACAUAUUAUAAAUUGAAUUACAGAAAAUUUUAAGACACAAAUUGUAAAUACGGUUCAUUUGCAUAUUGGCUCCUACAUGAAGAUAAGAGCUUGCCAAUUUUCCCCCAUUUUAUUUCUUCUUCUCAACAUGACGAGAUAUAAUUGUAUACUGUCAUCUAUUACACAGCAAUAAAGAUAUAAUCUUAUAGCUCACUAUA